AUGUUUUUGGUGGCUUUGUCCUUUGCUUAUUUUGCAAAGGCUCUGUCAGGGAGCUACAUGAAGAGCACAAUAACUCAGCUGGAAAGGCGCUUUGACAUUCCGAGUUACCUAAUAGGCAUCAUUGAUGGAAGCUUUGAGAUAGGUAACCUGUUAGUUAUAGCAUUUGUCAGUUACUUUGGUGCCAAACUCCAUCGACCAAAGAUUAUUGCAGUUGGUUGUAUACUGAUGUCUAUUGGUACCUUCAUCAUUGCCCUACCUCACUUCAUCAUUGGACGUUAUGAAUAUGAAUCUUCAGCACGUUGGGUUGUGAAUUCAAGUCUUACGCCGUCCCCGUGUUCAGCUAUCUCCACAGCUGAACCCAGCCAAAAUAGUAAAUUACCUGAAGUGCCAGUGACGGAUUGUGAAGGAGAUUCCAACCUGUCAAUGUGGAUAUAUGUGCUCUUGGGAAAUGUCCUACGAGGGAUUGGAGAGACUCCUGUUCAACCUCUUGGAAUUUCCUAUAUAGAUGACUUUGCCAGUGAGGAGAAUGCUGCUUUAUAUGUGGGCUGUGUGCAGACCAUCUCUGUGGUGGGGCCUGUCUUCGGCUACCUGUUAGGCUCCUUAUGUGCAAAGAUUUAUGUCGAUAUAGGAUUUGUAAAACUGGAAACCAUCACUAUCACCCCAGCAGAUUCCCGUUGGGUCGGAGCCUGGUGGUUAGGCUACCUCAUAGCUGGUGUCAUCACCCUCCUUUCUGCCAUUCCAUUUUGGUUUCUACCACGCUCGCUGCCAGUGUCAGGCUCAAAAUCCCCAGAAAAGCCUGAGCAGAAAAGAUUCAUUAAAGACUCUGCCUCUAUAAAGCACAAGUAUCCAGUAGAAGAACACACCAGUUUCAUAGAGAUGGCCAAAGAUUUUAUUCCAACUCUCAGGAUGCUGUUGGGACACCCUGUUUAUUUGAUCUACUUGUGUGUGACAAUCAUCCAGCUCAACUCUCUAAUCGGAAUGGUCACUUACAAACCCAAGUACAUUGAGCAGCACUUCAGGCAAUCUGCCUCAAAGGCAAACUUUCUAAUGGGUGUGAUUAAUAUCCCAGCGGUUGCCCUUGGGAUUUUUUCUGGUGGCCUUCUGAUGAAGAAAAUGAAGCUGAACAUAAUGGGAGCUGCAAAGUUUGCUUUUGCCACAUCUUUCAUUGGUUACAUUCUUUCACUGUUCUUCUUUGUGAUGAGUUGUGAGAACGCUAAAAUUGCCGGAGUGACACUUCCCUAUAACAGCAUGGAGGGAAUAUCCUAUGACAAACACUCUGUGUUCACUACCUGCAACUCCAACUGUUACUGUUCUGCAAAUAACUGGGACCCGAUCUGUGGAGGGAAUGGAAUCACAUAUGUUUCGCCCUGUCUUGCGGGCUGCACCAGCUCAACCGGCUCAGGGAAAAAUACAGUCUUCUCCAACUGUAGUUGUGUCGGUGUGGCCAGUAACUUGACGGCCAGUACAGGUCAGUGCCCCGAUAAAGACGACUGUGACAGGAUGUUCCCGUACUUCUUGGCUCUCUCCGUCAUCACUUCCUUCAUCAUCUCCCUGGGAGGAACGCCCGGAUACAUGCUUCUCAUCAGGUGCAUCAAACCACAAUUGAAAUCCUUUGCCUUGGGAUUCCAUGCCUUAGCAACACAUACACUUGCAGGAAUCCCAGCACCCAUUUACUUUGGAGCCAUCAUUGACACCUCAUGUCUAAAAUGGGCUCAGAAGCGCUGCGGUGGAAUAGGAGCUUGUAGGAUCUACAACACUACAGCAUACAGGAUAGCCUACUUAGGCCUGACUCUGGGCUUGAGGACAAUCUCCUUUCUAAUUUGCAUCCCGGGCUUCAUCUUGCUCAAGAGGCAGCUGAAGAAAGAGGAACAUGACGCCCUUCGUAGUUCUCUGGCCAAUGGUGGAACAGAGCUGGAAGCGCUCAGAAAGGAAGAAUUUGUGAUCUCAAACUCUGAGACAUUACAAAAAUCAUCAGAAAACGGCACAGACCGUGAGACACGACUGUGA